AUGUCUGAACCAGCUGCUAAGAAACAAAAGUUCGCCAACUCAUUGGAAGCCUUGAAGGCUACCGGCACCGUUGUUGUUGCCGACACUGGUGAUUUCGAAUCAAUUGCCAAGUUCACACCACAAGACGCCACCACCAACCCAUCUUUGAUUUUGGCUGCUGCAAAGCAAGAUGCAUACGCCAAGUUGAUCGAUGCUGCUGUCGAAUACGGUAAGAAGCACGGAUCAAACAUUGACGAGCAAGUUGAGAUUUCCGUCGACAAGCUUUUGGUCGAGUUUGGUACUGCCAUCUUGAAGGUUGUUCCAGGCAGAGUCUCCACCGAAGUUGAUGCUAGAUUGUCCUUCGACAAGGAAGCCACUGUCAAGAAGGCUUUGGAAAUCAUCAAGCUAUACGAAGCCGAAGGUAUCUCCAAGGAAAGAGUGCUAAUCAAGAUUGCCUCCACCUGGGAAGGUAUCCAAGCCGCACAAGAGCUAGAGAAGGAUCACGGUAUUCACGUCAACUUGACCUUGUUGUUCUCUUUCUCCCAAGCCGUUGCUGCUGCUGAGGCCAAUGUCACCUUGAUCUCUCCAUUUGUUGGUAGAAUCUUGGACUGGUACAAGGCCAAGACCGGUGAAACUUACACUGCCGAAACCGACCCAGGUGUCGAAUCCGUCAAGAACAUCUACAACUACUACAAGAAGCACGGCUACAAGACCAUCGUUAUGGGUGCUUCCUUCAGAAACGUUGGUGAAAUCAAGGCUCUUGCCGGUGUCGACUACUUGACUAUUUCUCCAAAGUUGUUGGACGAAUUGAUGGCCUCCCAGGACCCUGUCCCACAAGUCUUGGACCCUGAAUCUGCCAAGGAUCAAGGUUCCGGAAGAGUCUCCUUCAUCAACGACGAAUCCAAGUUCAGAUUCGAGUUGAACGAAGACGCCAUGGCCACUGAAAAGUUGUCUGAAGGUAUCAGAAAGUUCUCUGCCGACAUCGUCACUCUGUUCGACUUGAUCAAGGCUAAGAUCCAAGCUUAA